CGUAUCGUUCGGUUCGUUCUCACGGUGAAAAGCGGUGGAAGGUCCUGUUCGGAGGACAACCUCAAUACGCCACUCACACACGCACAAGUGGGCUUGCUCACACGGACACGGGUGCGCUAGUCGAAAGUAAAAGUGGUCCAGUGUGCAAUAAAGUCCCUUUAUUUAGAUGAUAAAAAAUUGAAAAAGAAAAGUGAAAAUUAGCACUGCAAAAAUUCCAAGGUUCAUAAAGAUUCUGUACCGAAACUUUUGAGUUUUAUCAAAGACCAUUCAAUCAACGAAAAUUUACAACAAAACAGGAUCAAAGGACAACAGCAGCGCGGCAAAGGCAGCUGAGUCCCGGCAUCCUGCAAUCCUGGCUGGGCAGCAAUCGGCUAAUGAAGAUGAAGUGAGAUUGUGUUCGAGCCGAAAUUAAAUAGAAUAUAAAUCGCUGGAAAAAUGGCGGCGAUUUGUCAGCCUCUGUCGAGCAGAACAAAUGCAAAGUAGUUCCACGGCCAGCAGAAGGAUAAACUAUAGAAGGGAAAUUCACGAGUGGAUUUCCAUUCCCUUUGCCUUCUUCUGGGCGGCAAUUUCACGCAUCGCGGCAAAAUGAUGAUGACGGCAGGCGCUAAUCAGGCCGCCCCCAGCCACGCCCCUCAGCUACUCCACAAACACAUUUUCAAAUAGGUUUUCGCGCGGCGGAAUAGAGCAAACGGGAGCAAGGGAAAUCCGCAUAGCAGCGCAGGGGGUGGCACCACACGCUCGCUAGAGAAAUAUUAUGGCAACUUUUCAAAUGGAAAUGCGCCAGCAGCAGCAUCAACGAACGAAUUUAAGGCAACGAGCGGCGGCAGUGGCAGCAUCCAAAGCCAGGCGACAACGACAACAUCAUCUGCAGCCGGAGUCCACUGACUCACCGUCAAACGGCACGGAUUGCAUAAGACUGUGGCCAGGAUGUGGCCCAUCCACCGCUGACCGGGUCAACGGCAACCCACCCACCUGCAACAACACCAGCAGCAGCGACAUCGGAGGCAACAUCAGCGGCAACACGAGCAGCCGCAUCAGCGGUUGCAGCUGCAACUUCGGACGGCAAAGAGCGCUGAUUAUGCUCAGCAUGCUCGUCGUUUUCAUGGCUCUGAUGUCCGGCAAUGGAGUUUACGCCGCCCAGCGCGACUCCUACAACUCAAAGGAUAUGAGUAGCAGUAACAAUGCCCUGCCCAACGAAGGAGUGGGAGGAUCGGCAGCUGGAGCUGGCGAGGCGGCUGCUCCCGGUCCCACUGGUGUCGCCGGAAGCGGAAGCGGCAACAAUAGCAGCGGAAAUAACAAAAACGGCCAUCCCGCUGCCGGAUCAGGCGAUGCCUCCGAAUCCGCUGCGCUGACUACCGAUGCCAGUCGCAGCUCCGUUGGUGGCCCAACCACCAUCACGGGAAUCCCGAGCAGCAGCCUACACAAGGCCAGCAGCGCCAGCAGCAACACAUUCUCCUCCCAGCUUGCAUCCGGCUUCCAUCGCAACAGCAUCGAUCUGGAGGAGGCCCGCAAUGCGGGUCCCUACUUCGACAAGGCCUUCUCCAAGAAUGUCACCGCCCUGCUGGGCAAGACGGCCUAUUUGAACUGCCGAGUCAAGAAUCUGGGCAACAAGACGAUGUUGCUUCAGGUGUCGUGGGUGCGACAUCGGGACAUACAUCUGCUGACAGUUGGCCGAUACACAUACACGUCGGAUCAGCGCUUUCGGGCCAUUCAUCAGCCGCAAACUGAAGACUGGAUGCUGCAAAUCAAGUACCCGCAACAUCGCGAUUCCGGCAUCUACGAGUGCCAGGUAUCGACCACACCCCACAUGAGUCACUACAUUCACCUGAAUGUCGUUGAACCCUCGACGGAAAUCAUCGGUGCACCCGAUCUGUAUAUAGAAAGUGGUUCCACUAUAAACCUUACCUGUAUCAUACAAAACUCACCGGAGCCGCCAGCCUAUAUCUUCUGGAAUCAUAAUAAUGCUAAGUUUCCCUCUCACCCGCAGAUCAUCAACUAUGAUUCGCCGCGCGGAGGCGUGUCCGUGGUCACCAAUAAGGGCGAUACGACCACAUCGUUCCUCCUAAUUAAAUCGGCGCGUCCAUCGGACUCCGGGCAUUAUCAGUGUAAUCCAUCAAAUGCAAAGCCCAAAAGCGUUACAGUACAUGUGCUCAAUGGUGUUUCCCAUUCCGUUUCCAGGGGAGUUCCCAGCAGCAAUGCAGCACGCGGCACCAGUGCAUCCUCACCCCUCGCCCACUCGCUGUCUGUUUGUGUACCUGUUUGUGUGCUUCUGCAGCUGGGCGCUUGCAGGUGGAUCGCUGCGCUGCUGGGCGCCGCUCUGGCCACGGCCCCGCCGCUCCGUUCCGCCCGGCGGACAACGGGGGAGCGUCCUGGAUCGCCAGGAUGUGCGACACUCGCCUGUGACAUGCGGCACUUCCUCGCCAGCGUUCUGAGGUGGCAAUGGCGAUGGUGUUGGCGCUGGCAUUGGAAAGGUACGCAGCAGCAGGAUCCUUGGCAUUAUCUGAAGCCACAAUCACGCAGGGAGGCGGCAGCGUGUAGGCAGCCCUACGAGGCGGACAUAAGGUGAGCUGGACGCCCAACAACCUCCUCAAGGCCAUUCUCAACUUAACUCAAUCGUAAGCUGUAACUAUAAUAACUAUAAAGUAUGCAUACAACAUAACUCUAUUGGCUAUUGCGUUUUUCUAUGAAUCAGCGACGUAUACGUAAUAUUUAGCACAAAACCGAAACGAAAUGAAAAACAGAAAACGUAAAUAUAUGAUAUACCUAACUAUAGAUAAAACCGAAAUCAAGCCAAGUUGUCGCCUUUUUUUAUGUACGACUUUGUAUCAUACAAUGAAGCUAUCUAAGUCUUUGGUUCCCUUAGAAAUUGGAAAUUGUGUAAAUAGGCUGCUUAGCAUACCUAGAGGCGCUUUUUUCGAUCGACUCUUUCCAACCUUUGUAACUUUUAUAGCCAAAAUUUAGCAGAACGAACCCUUCGGAAAGCAUUUGAAAACACAAACAAGAAGCAAGGGGAAAAUAUUUUUCCAGCAAAUACCAGAACAGAAAACGCUUUCGACUGCCACUUUGCGACUGUUUCCUCGAAGCAUGGAGAAAUUCUCAUUUGCAUUUUGCGUAAUCCUAAUAGACAGAUAAAUGUUCAACCGAAAGGCAAUUAGCAAGACGCAAACUAAAAACAUUCAACUUCAAGUACAGGCUAUAGAAAAAACGAAAAAAAAACCCUAGAAGUUAAAGCGAAAAAAAACUGUGUAAAAUAUAAAAGAAACUUAAACCCAAAGGGGAAAAUUUAGCUACAAGUUAAAGGAAAUAAAAAAAAAUGAGAGGAAAAGCAGAACACGUUGAGGGGAGAAUUUUUCUUUUGGCUGCAUCUGAAUGGUUAGAAAUUAAGUCAUAAAAUACGUGAAAGGGAAACCCCUCGAAUAAGUUGUUUCGUUUCGUUCUUGUAAUGUACAAAUUAAAUAAACGUAAGUAUUACCCCACGUGCAGAGGAUUGGAACGGUUUGAAUUUAGGAUACAAUCGGCUGAGAUGAAAAAUUGUUGCACAUUUCAUAAAUUUAUUUGUUGUUACUCAAUGCAAACGAAAAUUAGUCAAGUGUUAAAGAACGAAAAAACAUUAUGAAAUAUUGAAAAAGCUCUCUACAAUGUUACAUUUAAAUGAUUAUUCUGACGUUUUACAAGUGUUUUUCGAUUCACAUUUCAAUGGUUUGUUUUCCAUUUCCGAUUCCUAGUUAAGUUUGGGCUCUUCCAUAACUAAAAUCUUUUGUCUGACUAAUUUCUGUCAUCACACCAAACUUUGCCAUAGAGCACAUAGCUAACCAAAUACAUUGAAAAGAAAAAUAAAUCCAGCGUUACAGAAAACAAAAAACUAUUGAUAAAAAUUAAAGUAAAGGGAAAAGUUUCAUUAAUCAAGCUAAGCAUUAAGCAAAAAUACAAAUUAAACAGUAAUAACAGACAAAACACUAUUGAAAUACAGCAUGAUUACUCAGAGACUAAACCAAAUCCCGACAGGUUUUCCCCACGCUUUUCCAAUUACCAUGUAAAAUAUCAACAAAGCAUAUAAGCAUUCAAAUUCCAUUCAUAUAAAAUUUCAAGCGAAUAAUGCCUUUUAAAUUGUGCAGGCUACAGAAAUGGAAAAAGCGAAUUCAAAUUAGAAAUCCCAUUAUGUUUGAUGAGGCGUUUUAUGGUUAUUCGAUAUUUAUUGCAAAAAUGUUGUCAACUGUCGAUCAAAUGCACACACAAUAUUCCUUUGUUCCACGUGAUAUAUUCAAACUUUUCCCAAUAAAAUUCUGUCUAAAAUUCCAAUUUCAUCAAGCAUUUCAGAUGGUGACAAAUUCUCGAGAUACUUAAGUGUAAGCAUUCAAAAUAAAGAAAGUAUGACAUGAAAACUAAAAGACCGCAUAAAACUGAAGUGAAUAUUGUAUAUGUAAAUGUGUAUUUAUAAACUUACGACAUCAAGAAAGCUAUAUAUAUAUACAUUAAAAACCUAGUUUAUUAAACACAGAAAAUCGAAAACUGAAUCAACAAUGUUAUUAAAGCUAUUAAGGCUAAACAAAAA